AUGGCUGCAUUCUCCUGGGACCAGUUAUUUGAGGUUUUUUCUUGUUUACCUGCCAAAGCCAUUCAUAGGUUCAAAUGCACAAGCAAAACACUGGCCAAGCUUCUUGAAGAAACCUGUUUUGCAUCAAAGCAAGCUCAGAACUCAAUGAAGAAGGAUGAUACAUGUUUCUUCCUUCAACAAGAGACCCCUCAUUACAAUGAAAAAGUUGAAGUUGAGUUGCAUCCAUUACCCGGAAACCAAUUGUCUUCUGGCGUGUCCCAUGAUGUUCUGAGAUUCUUGUCUAACUCAACAAGAGUCUUGGCUUCCACUAAAGGGUUGAUUCUUUGUAAUCACGCCACGAGCCACACACCAAUUGAACUCUUCAUUUGUAACCCAUCAACAAAAACUUGGUUACCCAUUCCCACCCCGAAGGAAGUUCAAAAAAGAUAUGAUGCUGCUGAUCCCACAAUGCUGUUGCUAGAAUCUUCCUACGAUGGCUGUGAUGAUGAUUACAUGGUAUUUCACCUUGAACUUGAAAGCACAACAGAUUGGUCCUCAAAUUAUGCCUGCAAGAUUUUCAAGCCUAAGGAAGGUUCGUGGAAAACAAUGGAAACAAGUUUCUUUGUAGGUGGCAGGAACAUGAAGUUUAACAUGCCUGUGUGUUGUAACAGGGCAAUCCACUUCAUUUCUGAUUGUGGUCCUUAUCUGACUAAAAGGAGCUGCUUUUUUAACCCCUAUGUCAUGUCUUACAAUCUAGAGAGUGGCACCUCAACAAUGCUAAGGGUGCCAAAAGAUGCUAGAAGGGGCUCCCAUGAUUCAAGUUGUGACAUGAGAAUUUUCAUUUGGGGAAAGGCUUACACAGCUCAAUGCUCCAUAUGUUUGGUGAGGCUAAGAAAAUCUGUCUUCACUGUUUGGAUCUUGACAGAUUAUGAACCAAGCAGAUGGUUGAGAAUUCUCAAGGUAAGAACAAAAGGAAUGGGCUUGAGGGAGGAAAAUCCUAAAAUAACCGGAUUCGCGGUUAUGAAUGGUGAUCUCCUAGUUUUUGCAACUGAAACAAGGGUCUAUAGCUAUGGUUUAACAGAGGAAAACUAUAUGAGGGUUGAGGAAAUCUGCCAACACAGAUUCCAAUCUAAUGUCUGCUUUACUUCAUACUUAGAUACCCUUCGGUUCUGUGGGCGUGGUGCUGAAAGUGUGCCUUUUUAA